AUGGCGGACGCUGGAGUCAAAGAAAUCCCGCUGAACUCGGUGCAAGUCGAGGCGCUGGUGGUUAUGAAGAUCGUCAAGGCAUGCUCUGCGACCUUUCCAACGACGGCGACUGGAUGUAUCGUGGGUAUGGACAUUAACGGAACGCUGCAAAUCACCAACUGCUUCCCGUUCCCGACCGCAGACAUCGCAGCCUCCGACUCCCACCCAAACGAUCAUAUGGCCGCCUCGAACAUUGCUGCUGCCGCGCCUCGCUCCAAGGCGAACCUCGCAUACCAAAAUGAGAUGAUCAAGUGCUUGCGGGAGGUCAACGUAGACGCGAACAAUGUUGGAUGGUACACGAGCGCAAACAUGGGCAACUUCAUCAAUACCAGCCUGAUCGAGAACCAGUUCCAUUACCAAAGUCAGCCAAAUGAGCGGUCGGUCGCUUUGGUGCAUGAUGUCAGCAGGAGUUCCCAGGGUGCUCUGAGUCUGCGAGCGUUCAGAUUAUCCUCGACCUUCAUGGCCGCGUUCAAGGAGAGCAAGUUCACGACUGAGCACAUGCAAAAGUCAAAGCUCACAUAUAAGGAUAUCCUGAUUGAACUCCCAAUUAUUGUCCACAACUCUCACCUCUUGACAUCCUUCCUGCAUCAGAUGCCCGGCGUACUCGCUAAAGAGGAGCUUGAAUUCCCUGCCAGCCUUUCAGACCUUACCGCAAACCCUCCCCAAGUCCCCCUGUACCCAAACCUCGAGUCUCUUGACCUGUCCAUAGAUCCCUUCUUGGAGCGAACCUGCGAUCAGCUUUUGGACAGUAUCGAGACCCACUACACCGAACUCAACAACUUCCAAUACUUCCAAAGACAAUUGGCCCGUGAGCAAACCAAAAUCACUGCGUGGAAGACGAAGCGAGCAGCGGAGAAUGCGACAAGAGCAACACAGAAGCUGGCACCUCUUCCUGAGGACGAGUGGGAGAGGCUCUUCAAGCUGCCGACAGAGCCAAGCCGACUGGAGGGUAUGUUGAACGCUCGACAGGUUGAGCAGUACUCGAGACAAGUGGAUGGAUUCACGGCUAGCAUUACCAGCAAGAUGUUUGCGGUCAAGAGCAAUCUAUUGCCUGAGUCCGAGUAG